UUAAGUAUGCAAGUAUAGAUACGUAUACGCAUUACACUGAUCAAAAUGGCCAGGUCAAGUUUUGUAUUGAUAUUCCUGUUACAAGCCACCUCACCUGUGGUGUCAAAGCCGAAAUGCUGUAUGAUCAACCAGUGGGAGGGACUGCUUUACUUUGGUAUUGGUGCAAUGGACAGACAAAAUGGCUCAGGGAUACAUGAUUCUGACACGCCAGAUUUGUAUAUUACAAAUGGGACUGUCCACGUGUCAUACGACCUAGACAAUGGCUUGACAUAUCUCGGCUUCGAUAGGUACACCAGGUCUGUAAAGUCAGCACCAGAACGCUCGCGAGGAAGCCUCAUCUCAAAUUACAAAACGGGACAUCAGUAUCUUGUUUACGAGAAUAAGACAUGCGAGAUGUCCACGUUAACCGACAACAUGACUUCAUAUUGUGCUUCAGAAUUCCUCAAAAACGACAAUUUUCCAUUUGGACGCAUUGUGGGAUCAACCCCAGUCACUAAUGUAGAGGUCCUUCCAGGCGAUUUCUUCUCCAGCAUAUAUACAACAGCAUAUCAAGACGGUACGAAUUGUAUGCCACUCUAUCUAGCCAUCAUUAACAACUGGCCAGGGACAAAUAGUGCUGGAGCCGGAGGUGCCGACAUUCUGGAUAUCAAACCGGGUAUAUCUGACCCCUCGAUAUUCACGCCACCAAGUUACUGCCCAAAACAGAUUACCGAGCGGUCGCACUCGAAGGAUCCAGUUUUUCAUUGGCUUGCAAGUUUCUUCCAUUAGGAACGGAUGCAAUGUGAUAGAAAAAGGUACCAAAAG